GGGCGGGCAAAUCCACAGAUGGUGAAACAGGAAUGGACCCAGACAGAUAAACAAACAGAGAGAGAGGCAGGGUUAGCUUUUUUUUGUUUUGAAUGAGUAAAACCACGACAUUGUUAAACUAAGACAGAUUCAAUGGCCAUUUUAGAGAAGGCUGCGAGGGAAUGGACAGGGAUUAGGAGCUGAGUGGAAGACAUUCCCACCCUCCCACUCCCAAAACUAAAUUGAGAGGAGGCUGACGCCAUUUCCUGGGACGGACUGACGCAUGCUCUUUUAUUAGAGUUGGAAGGAUUUGGAUGAUUUGGGAGGAGGAGGGGGUGGUGUUCCAUGUGUGUGCAGCGCCGAGCGGAGCUGCCUCUGGGUUACAUUGUGUUUCGGAGUUGCUACUUCCUGAGACGAGAAUCGGCGACAUUGUAUCCCCCUGGCGCCCGCAGGGAGUGAGCUGGGAAGAUGCUGGGAUUCCUGAGGAGGACUCUAGGGCGCCGCACGGUGCGUCGGCACACAGACCGGGAGAAGCAGAGGGAGGCGCAGCGAUCGGGAAUCCACAUCCCCGCGGCCGGAGACUCCAAAUCCAUCAUCACCUGCAGAGUGUCCCUCCUGGACGGCAGCGAUGUCAGCGUCGAUCUACCGAAAAAAGCGAAAGGCCAGGAGCUUUUUGAGCAAAUCAUGUACCAUCUCGACAUCAUUGAGAAAGACUAUUUUGGCCUUAGGUUCAUGGAUUCUGCCCAAGUAGCGCAUUGGUUGGAUAACACCAAGAGCAUUAAGAAGCAAGUGAAAAUUGGCUCGCCGUACUGCCUUCAUUUGCGGGUGAAGUUUUACUCCUCUGAACCAAAUAAUCUUCGUGAAGAGUUAACAAGGUACCUAUUUGUACUUCAGUUGAAGCAGGACAUCCUGAGUGGCAAGUUAGAAUGCCCUUUUGACACAUCUGUCCAGCUGUCAGCCUACGCCAUUCAGGCUGAGGUGGGGGACUGCGACCUCUCUGAGCAUGGCCCAGACUUUGUAUCAGAGUUCAGAUUUGUGCCAAAUCAGACCGAAGAAAUGGAGCUUGCCAUCUUUGAGAAAUGGAAAGAAUGCAGGGGUCAGUCACCAUCUCAAGCAGAAAUAAAUUAUCUCAAUAAAGCUAAAUGGCUGGAGAUGUACGGAGUGGACAUGCACAAGGUCAAAGGAAGAGAUGAAAAUGAGUACAGCCUGGGCCUGACCCCAACAGGGGUGUUGGUAUUUGAAGGUGAAACAAAGAUUGGACUCUUUUUCUGGCCUAAGAUCAUCAAACUGGAAUUCAAGAAAAGCAAGCUAACUCUUGUGGUAGUGGAAGACGAUGAACAGGGGAAAGAACAAGAACACACCUUUGUAUUCCGACUGGAUCACCCAAAGGCUUGUAAACACCUCUGGAAAUGUGCUGUGGAACACCAUGCGUUUUUCCGACUGCGGGGACCUGUCCAGAAGAAGUCGAACCAGAUAGCCUUUGUGCGGAUGGGCUCCAGGUUCAGAUACAGUGGCAGAACGGAAUACCAGACCACCAAAGUCAGUAAACCACGACGGCAAGUGUCCUUCGAGCGGCGGCCCAGCAGACGCUACUCGAGAAGAUCAACUCAGCAGAGAGCGAAUCCUUUCAACAGAAACUUGGAAACAAGUUCUCCUAUUAAUGCAGCAAACCAGAAACCUGCUUCCCAGACUGCGAUGGUGAGAUCAGCCAUUCCUGUUGCAGCAUCGUUACCCAGUGCUGCUGGACCGAUUGAAAUAGAGAACCUUCCCAGAAGCCCAGGCCUCAACCAAUCUGAGAAGAGGAGUGCGCAAAUAGCAGAUUUAUUGGAUACCAAAGAGCUCUUGGAGACCUGUGUGGAUGAAGUCAUAGCAGUGCCUGUUUCUAUGACAGCGGCAGGGAUUUCAGACACUUCGGUUCAAAGUUUGACCUUGGCUGAAACAAACGAGAGUGCACGUGACAAACCAGAUUCAGCAGCACUGGAUGAAGUCGUAGCAAAACUGAAACAGCUCCACAUAGAGAGCAGUCCUGCUCCUGGGACCAACCCCCACAUAAACCUCACUCUGAAUGUGAAUGGCCAGGAGGAAACUUUGAAGUUGUUGGACAAGAACCUCAAGAACGCAGCUGAUACUCUUUGCUCUGCCAUUCCUGAGAAUGUGAAAAGUAACAUUGUGAAAGCACAGCCAGAGGUUCCUAUGAAGGGUCUGAGAGAUGCUACCAGACUGAACGAGAGAAACUCCAAUCUGUUUGACACUGUCUUCGGGGGACCAGGAAUCACCGAUACCUUUUUAUUGAUGAGCAAGAUCCCAGAGUGCCCAGGUGCCAGAGGUCCACUAAAACCCAUACCAGUCAGCACCCCUUUCAAUCUUGAUGAUCUGAUUGAGAAGGAAUCUGCUGCAAACUCUGAGAUUCCAACAAUCCCCUUGACUUCAGUUCCCACAGAUACGCCCAGUGACUUGCCAGCUCUGAAGAAUGUUGCUGAGGAUCUGGACAACCUGUUAUCAGCACUGAGUGAGAAUCUGAUCGAUUUCACAGAGCCCACGCCAGUGGACAUGGUGGUUCCUAACGGGAUAUUCAGUCGUGAUGUCUCUUCAACUGUAAUGGAACCAAACCCGUUUGCUGAACCCGCAAUCUCUCCAUUUCCAUCUCCGACUCCAGCUCAACAUUUCUUGGAAUCAACAUUUCCAUCAACAACCAGCAUUAUCACAAAGGAUGUGGAGAAGACUGUGAAGCCCAAGGGACUGUUGACAACGGAGUUGUGAGGUCUACAGAGUUUGCCUUUGACCCAUUUGUCAAGUGAAAACAACAGUCCAAGGUGCCUGCCUUCAUUUAGACUCCUAAGAUAUUCCAUGUGGAGUAACCAAGCAAUGUUGAUGACCUCCUUUUGUACAAAAUCUGAGCUCAACCUUCCCUUCUGAGGCAGUGGCUGUAGGAAUACUCCCCUAGUGGAAUCUUGAUUUUCAGACUCUCAACAAAAAUAAGGCUUUUCGUUUCUGUUUGAGAAUGUGAAUUCCUCUUAAGCUGCUUAUGGGUUAAAGUGACUGGAAAAACCGCUCCAAGUAUAGAAGGUUACUUGGAACCUUGACCAUUGUUUCAUCUCAAAGAACAAACUGGCAAGAGGAAUAGUUUGUGUUGACUACUACUGUACUUGCAAGAAGGAACUCUUGUCAGAAGCUGGAGUGACAGUAAAGGAGUCUGUUUCUGACUGAAUGGGAAUGAUGCAAGUUGGAAAUGAAGUUAAAACACUGUAGUCCCAAAUCUCUGACCCAAAUUCUCCAGUUAGAGUGUUUCUUUACAUGUGAAUGAGCUCUGUAUUUUGCUUUUAUGAAGAGCAGACAUUUCCGCGUCUCCGAGAUAUUAAUUUUGAGAGGCACAUUCAGCACAUAGAUCCUGGAUCAAACUCCGAGAUAUCAGCGAAGAAUGUCUGAGAGGGGAAUUGGAAGCCUGGAGAGAGAUGGUAGCAUCAACAUGAAUCCUGGAUGACGCUGAUUUUUUUUUUCCCCAAGUUUCCUGAUACUCUGGAAAUAGUUUGAAAAACUUGAGGUCAUUGGUAAGGAGAUGGGGGAGAGACCCUUUCACAAUGCAAGAUGAUCUGAGCCUUAUCGCAAAAUAUUGUACUUUUCGCAAUUGUUCCCUCACCUGCACAAUCUACCAGUAACCACCAGAAGAAUCUUGGAAAUGCCCAACUGGUCAGUCAGUGAUGGGUUCACCGGACAUUUCUUUAUCAGAUAUCAGAAAUGUAAAGGACUACAUUGUUUGAGAAGAUGACAAAAAGAAGAUAAAAUAAAAAAAACUGUGCCCAUGCAAUUUUUACCAGCAAUUCUUCUGAUACUGUAAAUGUUUCCAUGUUGAAUUUACAGUUUUGUUUUAUCCCUAGCACUGUCCUUUCUAUUUUGGUCUGUUUGUUGCUGCUUGUUUCUCUCAACACUCCAGCUGAUCCCUUAUGCCCUACAGCAUACCUGCUGCUGCAUCAUAAUUGGAUUCUUAAAGAGCUGUUUGUGAGUUUCCUCAGUGUCUCUCACUCUGUCAGAAAGGUUUUCCCAAAUUGUGAUGGCCAGAGGAAUUAAUUCCAUGGGGAUGGUUGCAUGCUGCCUGUUCCACUUAUGAGCUAUGGUUUUGUCAUUGCUGAUCUCUCUGUGUCUGUCUGUCUCUUUCUUUCUUUCUCUCUCUUUCUCUCUCUUUUU